GCCGCGAUGGUGCGCUCUGGCCAGCUGUGCGCCGCCGAGUGAGGCGCCAGCCUGUGGGUGCUGCCGGGGGCGGCGGCGCGGAGGGGGGCACAGCUGGCGGCGGCGCGGGUCGCUGUGCUCCGCUUGUGGCCAGGGGCGAAGGUGACGACGGGUCGCGAGGUGCUGGUGCUGCUGAGCAGUUCCGGGCCCGGAUCCCCUGCCUCCGUGUGUGGCGGCCCAGCUAUCGACCCCGGGUCCGCGCCAGCAGGAGCCUGGGGAGAAAUCAGCGGCGGCGCGACUGCUGGCGGCGGCCGGCUGGAUGCGAGACCUGCGUGGACCGGGCGGCGGACAGCGGUUGUCGACUCCGGGGAGCCGAUCGCCCAGCAGAGGAGCCCGACCGCGCUGGCCAUGGCCUCCAACUUUAACGACAUAGUCAAGCAGGGAUACGUGAAAAUCCGCAGCAGGAAGCUAGGGAUAUUCAGACGAUGCUGGUUGGUUUUUAAGAAGGCUUCUAGCAAGGGACCCAGAAGGCUAGAAAAGUUUCCAGAUGAAAAGGCAGCUUAUUUCAGAAACUUUCACAAGGUAACUGAACUGCACAACAUCAAAAAUAUAACCAGGCUGCCUCGAGAGACAAAGAAGCAUGCAGUGGCAAUUAUCUUUCAUGACGAAACGUCAAAGACAUUUGCUUGUGAGUCAGAGCUGGAGGCUGAGGAAUGGUGCAAACAUCUUUGCAUGGAAUGCCUGGGGACAAGGCUGAAUGACAUCAGCCUAGGGGAGCCUGACCUGCUGGCAGCUGGGGUGCAGCGGGAACAGAAUGAACGAUUCAAUGUUUAUCUUAUGCCUACACCCAACCUUGAUAUUUAUGGUGAAUGCACAAUGCAGAUCACUCAUGAGAAUAUCUAUCUCUGGGAUAUCCACAAUGCCAAGGUCAAGCUGGUGAUGUGGCCUCUUAGCUCACUGAGGAGAUAUGGUCGGGAUUCAACUUGGUUCACCUUCGAGUCAGGAAGAAUGUGUGACACAGGAGAAGGACUAUUCACUUUUCAAACAAGGGAAGGAGAAAUGAUCUAUCAGAAGGUCCACUCUGCAACACUGGCUAUCGCUGAGCAACACGAAAGACUAAUGCUAGAAAUGGAGCAGAAAGCCCGGCUUCAGACAAGCUUGACUGAACCAAUGACGUUAUCGAAAUCCAUCUCUCUUCCUCGCAGUGCAUACUGGCAUCACAUUACACGUCAGAACAGCGUUGGAGAAAUCUACAGCUUGCAAGGCAAGUAGCUUCACAGUGACAAUGCCUCACUGUCUGUCAUUUACUUCCUUCUGUGGAGAGUCCUGCAAAUUCCUGUGCAUUUGCAUUGAUUUCUUAUAUUUCCACUUAUCAACUUUCUCAGGGCACAAUAAGAACUCUGACAUUCACCAUUACUUUUUAAA